AUGGAGAACAAGAGAAAAGAUCAAUUUUCAUCGGCCUCCACCAACUACCACCACCGCCGCAAUGUGAAACCGAAGCCCAAUCCAGAGCCUCAAGAUCCAGAAAUCAGAGAAUUGCAGACACUCCCUCUCUUCCCUACCGGACCAUUAUUCCAAUCUUCACCUUCUUCCAAUCAUUCACAGGAUCCAGAGCUUUCAUCACCACCACAACCACCACCGGCACAGGUCGUCGUCGACGACCUCGACAUAAUCAUCACUCCUCCCUUUCCAUGGGCCACUGAUCGUCCGGCGAAAGUCCACACACUCCAAUAUCUGAAACAAAACAAGAUCUUAACAAUCAAAGGAGACGUUCAAUGUGGAAGCUGUCGCAAAAAAUUCGAAAUGGAGUUCGAUUUAAAGAAAAAGGCUACAGAGCAUGGAAAGUUCUUGAAGGAUCACAGAGCUUCUAUGCAUAGUCGAUGUCCAAAAGAGUGGAUGAAUCCGAAUCCGAUUGCAUGCAAAUUCUGCGGCCAAGAAAAAAGUGUGAAACCUGUUAUUGGAAGUUGGAAGGAUCACUCCAUUAAUUGGUUGUUUCUUUGGUUAGGUGAGUUCAUAGGGUUUUGCACUUUAGAAGAUUUGAGGUAUUUUUGUAAGUACAAUAAAUUGCAUAGAACUGCAGCUAAAGAUAGAUUUGUUUUCAACGCUUACACUGAAAUCUUCAAACAACUCAUUCGAGUCGAUUAG